AUGACUGCUCCUCGUUCAUCAUCUAUCCGCGCUCUUCGCGCUCUGUCUCAACAGCCCGUGGCACCCGCUGCUCGCCGCAGUCUUCACAUCACCGGAGUUCAGUCCGCUCAACCCGCCAACGGCGAGAAGUCCCUCACCAACCACGAUGUCCUCCAAUCUCGUGCCCUCAGCAUCGCUAUGCGCAGAAUCAACGGCAGUGCAUUCUCAGACUCCUCUUCCGCCCGCCAAUUCAAUACUUCUCGCGCCACAAAAGCCCUGAACGACACCUCAACCGUCGACUUCGUCUACAUGCCCAGCAUGGCAGACCUCGAGGCCUCCCCUCUGCAACGCAGCAUCCAAGUCCCGGUCCUUCCCGAGCUGCCCUCCAUCCCAUGGCGCCAAACACCCACCGCCCCACCCAUGAAGCCCCAGAUCUACACCGUCUCCGGCACCGGGGCUGACGUCCCUGCCAGCGCGAUGAGCGAGGUCGUCGAUAAUCACGCCAUGGAUCUGGACCCAUUCUCACUUACCGAGACUGUUGGCCGCGCGCGUGUUGGCGAGGAGAUCCAGCGCAGGUCAAACGGUACUACCGAGCCCGGUGUCAUACGUGAGCUUUGGACCAGCUUCCUUGAUGAUGUUAAGGGUCAGGAUAAUUUCCAGAGGAAGUAG